GUUGACAUACAGUUAGUUGUUUUGAGUAGACAGCAUUACUAUCUUUAACAUUGAUAAGAUUAUCGUUAUCACUACCAUUAUUUUUAUUAUAAUUAUCAUCGUUAUCAUCGUGAAUGUUAUCAAUGCUGUCAAUUUUCAAAAGGACCCAUUUAAAACAAUCAACAAAUCUAGUUAUCCUAUGCUUCUUCUUAUAUAAAUUAACUGAAACACUCUUACAGUAUGGUACACGUAUUGAAAUUUAUAAAACUGUUUGUAUAGCCUUGACAAAUUUUACAAAACCUAAUGAAAAUUUCUGUUCUGAUGACAAUUAUGUAAAUGAAAAGCAACAAGAUACCAGAAAUUAUGAAAUGUUAACAAAAGUUCAAAAAUCAUCAGGAAUAUAUUUAUUAAUAUAUCGUAUACUAUUGAAUUUACCUGCUGCUUUUGCAUGCCUUAUUUAUGGUGUUUGUUCAAAUAAAUUUGGUCGUAAAAUCUCUAUGCUAAUACCAUGUUUAGGUGCAACAAUUGCAUGCACACUGUUUAGUGCAAGUUUAUCUCCAGAAAUAAAUUUAAUCUAUGGAUCUAUACCAUUAAUAUUAAUCGGUGGAACUAUAUAUGGGAUAUGCGGUAAAAGUAGUGCUGUUACUAUGGGUGCUAAUAGUUAUAUUACUGAUAUGAGUAGUACUAGUAGCCGUACACGUAUGCUUGGACGUUUACUUGGUGCAAAUUGUCUUGGUUUAUCAAUUGGUACAUUAUUUUUAGCCUUAUUUUUAACUUUUUUAAGUUACACUGAAAUUAUAAUCUUUUGUAUAGUUAAUAAUUUAUUUAUUGUUAUAAUAUUAUUAUUUUUUGUGGCUGAUUCAAGAAAUGAAGAGAAUUCACCUGUAUUAUGUGAACAUUCCUUAUCAUUAACACCGACUACAUUAUCUAUGAAUGAACAAAUAAUGCAGACAAAUCAAAAUGCGACAAACUUCAAAACAGGCGGUCAUAUACAUCACUAUGACAAUGUAAAUAAUAAUAGUGCGAAUAAACAAUCAUGUGAAUCUUUAAUAAGCAUAUAUGAACAAUUUAAAUUAUCUUAUAAUUUUAUAUUUAAAAAAUAUCAUAACGAAAAAAGGAAUCUCUUGUUAAUUCUUUUAGGUACUGUAUUAUUUAAUCAAAUGACAAAAUCAGGAGAACAAGAUAUUAUCCUAUUGUAUUUACGUAAUAAACCAACAUUAUGGACUAGUCAGUUAUAUGGUUUUUAUAUGGCAUGUUAUUAUGGUUGUAUGUUUUUACACUUAACAUUAUUCUUACCAAUUAUUGAGCACAGGUAUACACCACAUGAUACUACAUUAAUUUUAAUUGGUUUAUCAUUGAAAAUAUUUCGUUUAUUACUAUUUAGUAUUACAAUGAAUAAAUUUUGGAUAUUUUUUGGUGCAAUAAUAGGUUCAGCUGCUGGUUAUAUUACAUCAGCUACACGUUCAUUAAUUAGUAAACUUGUUAAAGGUGAUGAAAUUGGUGCAUCUUUUGCGCUUAUUUCAAUUAUGGAAACAAUUGCUAAUCUAUGCGGUGGAAUGUUAUUCACGCUAAUUUAUAAUUAUACUUUAAAUUAUAUUUCAUCAUUUAUUCUACUCUUUGAUGCAUUUUUACAUAUAUUAGUAUUAAUUUUAAUUAUUUGGUUACGUUUUAAAUUUCUUAUCUAUGAGAAAAGUUCAAAUAAUAAUAUUAUACAUAUUAGUCAAGAUUUUAUAGAUCAAUGAUGAAGCGGUCUAAUUUUCUUUUUUUUUCGUGAAAAUUUGUACUUCAGCAAUUAGUGAUCUGCUUAGAUCACUGAACUACUAGAAUUUCCAUCUUUUCUGUAUUACUUAUUGUUUUAAUUGUACAGUUAUAUGAAAUGACCGUCACAUGGACUCGCAGGCAUAUUUAAUAAACCCGCCCCCACCCCCACACUACUAAACCCUGUGCAAUGCCUGAAGGAAAUAAAGGGAAAAUGUACAGAGUUGAACCUUUCUUCAUAUGCAACAAGGUUACGUAAUAUGAUAUACUUCAUAUUAUUACUUUGCAUGUAAUUUCUAUAUGAAGGGGAAAUAUUAUGGAAUUAAGUGAGUUGGAAAUUUCUCUAACAUAUAUUAUGGAUAAUAUUAACUAAUGGGUUCAAUGAUCUAUCUACACUGCUGUCAUAUUUCAUGAUACUUAUUUUGUGAUAUGUUUGAAUUCGGUAACACAUGAUAUUGUAUAUAAAUACCUUCCAUGAUUUUUCUUGUACAAAUACGAUUUGUAUAAUAUUUGUUACAUUUCAUAUGUCCAACUGUAUAUUUUACAUCUGUGAUAUAAGUCUUUGUAUGCUGUAUGACUAUUUGUUCUUUCUGCGAUAAUGAAUCAUGGUGUCAGGUGAGUGAUCUGAGAUUAUGUAUUUCAUCAUAAUCAACUGUUGUAGAUUCGC